CCUCCGGAGGGAGCCGCAGUAGUACGACGGAAGAUGGCGACGAGCGGCGGCGAAGAGGCGGCGGCUGCGGCGCCGGCGCCCGCGGCCCCGGCAACGGAGGCAGACACGACCCCGGGCUGGGAGGUGGCGGUGCGGCCCCUGCUAUCCGCGUCCUAUUCCGCCUUCGAGAUGAAAGAGUUGCCGCAGCUGGUGGCCUCAGUCAUCGAGAGUGAAUCAGAAAUCCUGCACCACGAGAAGCAGUAUGAGCCAUUCUACUCAUCUUUUGUUGCACUUUCCACACACUAUAUCACAACAGUUUGUAGCCUCAUUCCCCGAAACCAACUUCAGUCUGUGGCAGCAGCCUGUAAAGUCCUGAUUGAGUUUUCUCUCCUGCGUCUGGAGAAUCCAGAUGAGGCUUGCGCUGUGUCCCAGAAACACUUGAUUCUCCUCAUCAAGGGCCUGUGCACUGGCUGUAGCCGAUUAGACAGAACUGAAAUUAUCACAUUUACAGCAAUGAUGAAAUCGGCCAAGCUGCCACAAACAGUGAAGACACUGUCGGAUGUGGAAGAUCAGAAAGAGCUGGCUGCACCAGUAAGCCCAGAGCUGAAGCAGAAGGAGGUCCAGAUGAAUUUUUUGAACCAGCUGACAUCAGUUUUUAACCCUAGAACUGUAGCAUCAUCACCCGUAGGUCCACAGACUCCGGCGGAAGGAGAAAAUGAUGAGCAGUCAUCCACAGAUCAAGCCUCUGCUAUCAAAACCAAGAAUGUGUUCAUAGCUCAGAAUGUGGCUAGUCUUCAGGAGCUUGGUGGCUCAGAGAAGCUACUGCGUGUGUGUUUGAACCUGCCCUAUUUCCUACGCUACAUCAAUCGGUUUCAAGAUGCAGUGUUGGCCAAUUCCUUCUUCAUCAUGCCUGCAACAGUAGCAGAUGCCACUGCUGUUCGUAAUGGUUUUCAUUCACUGGUGAUUGAUGUAACCAUGGCAUUGGAUACCCUUUCUCUACCUGUUUUGGAACCUCUCACUCCUUCUCGUCUGCAAGAUGUGACAGUCCUCAGCCUAAGUUGUUUGUAUGCAGGUGUGAGUGUGGCAACUUGCAUGGCCAUCCUUCAUGUGGGUAGUGCCCAGCAAGUGCGGACAGGGUCCACGAGCUCCAAAGAGGACGACUAUGAGAGUGAUGCAGCUACAAUUGUCCAAAAAUGUCUCGAAAUCUAUGACAUGAUUGGACAAGCAAUCAGCAAUUCCCGCCGGGCUGGUGGUGAGCACUAUCAGAACUUCCAGUUGCUGGGUGCCUGGUGUUUGUUAAACAGCCUUUUCCUCAUAUUGAACCUCAGUCCUACUGCCUUGGCUGAUAAGGGGAAAGAGAAAGAUCCGCUGGCUGCUCUCCGGGUCAGAGACAUCCUUUCUCGUACGAAGGAGGGAGUGGGCUCUCCAAAGCUGGGGCCUGGAAAAGGGCAUCAGGGAUUUGGGGUGCUCUCAGUAAUAUUGGCAAACCAUGCUGUCAAGCUGUUGACGUCUCUCUUUCAAGACCUGCAAGUGGAGGCUCUGCACAAGGGUUGGGAGGCAGAUGGUCCCCCUGCUGUCCUGAGCAUUAUGGCCCAGAGUACCUCCAUACAGAGGAUUCAACGGCUGAUAGACUCUGUCCCACUGACAAACCUGCUGUUGACAUUACUCUCAACUUCCUACAGAAAGGCAUGUGUCCUGCAGCGUCAGAGGAAGGGCUCCAUGAGCAGCGAUGCCAGCGCCUCUACUGACUCAAACACCUACUAUGAGGAUGAUUUCAGCAGCACGGAGGAGGACAGCAGCCAAGAUGAUGACAGUGAGCCUAUUCUGGGGCAGUGGUUUGAAGAGACCAUCUCCCCCAGUAAAGAGAAAGUGGCACCUCCGCCUCCUCCCCCACCCCCUCCGCUGGAGAGCUCACCUCGAGUUAAAAGCCCCAGUAAGCAGGCCUCUGGUGAGAAGGGCAACAUUUUGGCUAGUCGCAAAGAUCCUGAGUUGUUCUUAGGUCUGGCUUCCAACAUUUUGAACUUCAUCACCUCUUCCAUGCUGAACUCUCGGAAUAAUUUUAUCCGAAACUAUCUGAGUGUGUCUCUUUCAGAACACCAUAUGGCCACCCUGGCCAGUAUCAUUAAGGAGGUGGACAAAGAUGGACUCAAGGGUGCAUCAGAUGAAGAGUUUGCUGCCGCUCUCUAUCACUUCAACCACUCUCUGGUAACUUCUGACCUUCAGUCACCUAACCUGCAGAAUACACUGUUGCAGCAGCUGGGAGUGGCUCCUUUUUCUGAGGGCCCUUGGCCCUUGUACAUUCAUCCUCAAAGCCUGUCUGUGCUUUCACGCCUCCUGCUCAUCUGGCAACAUAAAGCCGGUACUCAAGGUGACCCUGACGUCCCUGAAUGCCUUAAAGUUUGGGACAGGUUUUUGUCAACAGUGAAGCAGAAUGCCCUGCAAGGGGUGGUGCCCGGUGAGACGGAAGAUUUGAAUGUAGAACACCUGCAGCUGCUCCUCCUCAUUUUCCACAACUUCUCUGAGAAAGGCCGGCGGGACAUGUUGACCCUUUUGGUGCAGAUCAUCCAGGAGUUGAGUGCCAACAUGGAUGCCCAGACGCGCUCUGUGCCUCUCAUCCUGGCUCGCCUGCUUUUGAUCUUUGAUUAUCUGCUUCAUCAGUACUCCAAAGCCCCUGUGUAUCUGUUUGAGCAGGUGCAGCAUAACCUGCUCGGUCCUCCUUUUGGGUGGGUGAAUGGAUCCCAGGACAGCAGCAGCCGCCGGGCGACCACCCCUCUCUAUCAUGGGUUCAAAGAAGUAGAAGAAAACUGGUCUAAGCAUUUUUCAUCAGAUGCUGUCCCACAACUCAGAUUCUACUGUGUCCUGUCCCCAGAAGCCUCAGAGGAUGAUUUGAACCGACUUGAUUCUGUGGCAUGUGAUGUUCUUUACUCCAAGCUUGUCAAGUAUGAUGAGCUCUACAUUGCACUGACAUCGCUACUGGCAGCUGGAUCCCAGCUUGAUACAGUCAGGAGAAAGGAAAACAAGAAUGUAACAGCCCUGGAGGCCUGUGCCCUUCAAUAUUACUUCUUGAUACUAUGGAGGAUUCUAGGGAUUUUGCCACCAUCAAAGACUUACAUGAACCAGCUGGCCAUGAACUCGCCAGAGAUGAGUGAAUGUGACAUCCUACACACUCUGCGGUGGUCUUCCCGCCUCCGGAUCAGCUCCUAUGUCAACUGGAUAAAGGACCACCUUAUCAAACAGGGAAUGAAGGCUGAACAUGCUGGUUCUCUCCUAGAACUGGCAUCCAGCAAGUGCAGCUCAGUGAAAUACGAUGUUGAAAUUGUAGAGGAAUACUUUGCUCGACAGAUCUCGUCCUUCUGUAGCAUCGACUGUACCACCAUCUUGCAGCUCCAUGAAGUUCCCAGUCUGCAGUCCAUCUACACCCUCGAUGCUGCUAUCUCGAAGGUCCAGGUCUCUCUGGAUGAACAUUUUUCUAAGAUGGCUGCCGAGACCGAUCCUCAUAAGUCAUCUGAGAUCACCAAGAACCUGCUUCCAGCCACACUGCAACUCAUUGACACCUACGCGUCAUUCACUAGAGCCUAUUUGCUGCAGAACUUUAAUGAAGAGGGAUCCACUGAAAAACCUUCCCAGGAGAAAUUGCACGGCUUUGCUGCUGUUUUGGCUAUUGGCUCUAGUAGGUGCAAGGCGAACACUCUGGGUCCAACACUGGUUCAGAAUUUACCAUCUUCGGUGCAGGCUGUGUGUGAAUCCUGGAACAACAUCAACACCAAUGAGUUUCCAAACAUUGGAUCCUGGCGCAAUGCCUUUGCCAAUGACACCAUCCCUUCUGAGAGUUACAUCAGUGCUGUGCAGGCCGCUCACCUGGGGACUCUUUGUGGCCAGAGUCUGCCCCUGGCUGCUUCCCUGAAGCACACCCUCCUCUCCCUGGUCAGGUUGACCGGAGAUCUUAUAGUUUGGUCCGACGAGAUGAACCCACCACAGGUAAUUCGGACCCUGCUUCCCCUUCUUCUGGAGUCGAGCACUGAGAGUGUCGCUGAGAUCAGUAGCAACUCUCUGGAGCGCAUCCUGGGCCCUGCAGAGUCUGAUGAGUUCUUGGCUCGCGUUUAUGAGAAACUAAUCACUGGCUGUUACAACAUUCUGGCUAAUCAUGCAGAUCCCAAUAGUGGACUGGAUGAAUCCAUCUUAGAGGAAUGUCUCCAAUAUUUGGAAAAGCAACUGGAAAGCAGCCAGGCUCGUAAAGCUAUGGAGGAAUUUUUCUCUGACAGUGGAGAACUUGUGCAGAUCAUGAUGGCAACAGCCAAUGAGAACCUCUCUGCUAAAUUCUGUAACCGAGUUUUGAAAUUCUUCACCAAACUCUUCCAGCUGACUGAGAAGAGCCCUAACCCGAGCCUUCUGCAUCUCUGUGGUUCCCUGGCACAGCUGGCUUGUGUGGAGCCCGUGCGUCUCCAGGCCUGGCUCACCCGCAUGACUGCAUCGCCCCCCAAAGAUUCCGAUCAGCUGGAUGUGAUCCAGGAGAACAGGCAGCUGCUACAGUUGUUGACCACGUACAUUGUUCGGGAAAACAGCCAAGUCGGGGAAGGUGUGUGUGCUGUGCUGUUGGGCACCCUGAUCCCCAUGGCAACAGAGAUGCUGGCCAACGGUGAUGGGACUGGUUUCCCUGAACUCAUGGUUGUGAUGGCUACCCUGGCCAGUGCAGGUCAAGGUGCUGGCCAUCUUCAGCUUCAUAAUGCUGCUGUGGACUGGCUGAGUAGAUGCAAGAAAUACCUGUCACAGAAGAAUGUGGUUGAAAAACUGAAUGCUAAUGUAAUGCAUGGAAAGCAUGUGAUAGUCCUGGAGUGCACCUGCCAUAUUAUGUCUUACUUGGCUGAUGUCACCAAUGCCCUGAGCCAGAGUAACGGUCAAGGCCCAAGUCACCUCUCAGUGGAUGGGGAAGAGCGGGCCAUUGAAGUGGACUCAGACUGGGUGGAGGAGCUGGCAGUGGAAGAGGAAGACUCCCAGGCUGAGGAUUCAGAUGAAGAUUCUCUUUGCAAUAAAUUGUGCACUUUUACCAUCACUCAGAAAGAAUUCAUGAACCAGCAUUGGUACCACUGUCACACCUGCAAAAUGGUUGAUGGGGUGGGUGUGUGCACAGUAUGUGCCAAGGUGUGCCACAAGGAUCAUGAGAUUUCCUAUGCCAAGUAUGGAUCCUUCUUCUGUGACUGUGGAGCCAAGGAAGAUGGCAGCUGUCUGGCUCUAGUGAAGCGAACUCCCAGCAGCGGCAUGAGCUCCACCAUGAAGGAGUCAGCAUUUCAGAGUGAACCCAGAGUUUCAGAGAGUCUCGUGCGCCACACCAGCACCUCCCCGGCUGACAAGGCCAAAGUCACCAUCAGCGACGGAAAGGUUGCUGAUGAAGAGAAGCCCAAGAAGAGCAGCCUGUGCCGCACAGUGGAGGGCUGCCGGGAGGAGCUGCAGAACCAGGCCAAUUUCUCCUUCGCUCCUCUCGUGUUAGACAUGCUCAGUUUCCUCAUGGAUGCCAUUCAGACCAACUUUCAGCAGGCUUCAGCUGUGGGGAGCAGCAGCCGGGCUCAGCAGGCCCUCCGGGAGCUGCACACAGUGGACAAGGUGGUUGAGAUGACAGACCAGCUGAUGGUUCCCACAUUAGGUUCCCAGGAAGGUGCCUUUGAGAAUGUUCGAAUGAACUACAGCGGAGACCAGGGCCAGACUAUUCGACAGUUAAUCAGCGCCCAUGUGCUCAGGAGGGUGGCUAUGUGUGUGCUCUCCUCCCCUCAUGGGCGCCGCCAGCAUUUGGCUGUCAGCCAUGAGAAAGGCAAGAUCACUGUCCUGCAGCUCUCAGCUCUCCUGAAGCAAGCAGAUUCCAGCAAAAGGAAGCUGACUCUGACCCGCCUGGCUUCUGCCCCAGUCCCCUUUACUGUGCUGAGCCUCACGGGGAAUCCGUGCAAGGAGGACUACCUUGCUGUUUGUGGGCUGAAGGACUGCCAUGUGCUGACCUUCAGUAGCUCAGGCUCUGUGUCGGAUCAUUUGGUUUUGCACCCCCAGUUGGCAACAGGGAACUUCAUCAUCAAAGCCGUGUGGUUACCUGGUUCACAGACUGAGCUAGCGAUCGUCACUGCAGAUUUUGUCAAGAUUUAUGACCUGUCCGUUGAUGCCUUGAGUCCAACCUUCUACUUUCUCCUGCCCAGCUCAAAGAUAAGAGAUGUUACCUUCCUCUUCAAUGAAGAGGGAAAGAACAUCAUUGUUAUAAUGUCUUCGGCUGGGUACAUCUAUACCCAGCUCAUGGAAGAGGCCAGCAGUGCCCAGCAGGGACCCUUCUAUGUCACUAAUGUGCUGGAAAUAAACCACGAGGACCUGAAGGACAGUAACAGCCAGGUGGCAGGUGGCGGUGUGUCUGUCUACUACUCGCACGUGUUGCAGAUGCUGUUCUUCAGCUACUGUCAGGGCAGGUCGUUUGCAGCCACCAUCAGCAGGACGACGCUGGAGGUGUUGCAGCUCUUCUCCAUCAACAUCAGAAGUUCCAAUGGUGGCAGUAAGACGUCUCCCGCCCUUUGCCAGUGGUCUGAGGUGAUGAACCACCCUGGCUUGGUGUGUUGUGUCCAGCAAACUACAGGAGUGCCCCUGGUGGUUAUGGUGAAACCAGACACUUUCCUCAUCCAGGAGAUUAAGACUCUUCCUGCCAAAGCAAAGAUCCAGGACAUGGUCGCCAUCAGGCACACAGCCUGCAGCGAGCAGCAGCGGACAACGAUGAUCUUGCUGUGUGAGGACGGCAGCCUGCGCAUCUACAUGGCCAACGUGGAGAGCACCUCCUACUGGCUUCAGCCCUCCCUACAGCCCAGCAGUGUCAUCAGCAUAAUGAAGCCAGUUCGAAAGCGCAAAACAGCUACCGUCACGACUCGCACAUCUAGCCAAGUGACCUUCCCCAUUGACUUCUUUGAGCACAACCAGCAGCUGACAGAUGUGGAGUUUGGUGGUAACGACCUCCUGCAGGUCUACAACGCACAACAGAUAAAGCACCGGCUGAAUUCCACUGGCAUGUAUGUGGCCAACACCAAGCCUGGUGGCUUCACCAUUGAGAUCAGUAACAACAACAGCACUAUGGUGAUGACAGGCAUGCGGAUCCAGAUUGGGACCCAGGCAAUUGAACGGGCCCCAUCAUACAUUGAGAUCUUUGGCAGAACCAUGCAGCUUAACCUGAGUCGCUCACGCUGGUUUGACUUCCCCUUCACCAGGGAAGAAGCCCUGCAGGCCGAUAAGAAGCUGAACCUCUUCAUUGGGGCCUCGGUGGAUCCAGCAGGUGUCACCAUGAUCGAUGCUGUAAAAGUCUAUGGCAAGACUAAGGAGCAGUUUGGCUGGCCUGAUGAGCCCCCGGAAGAAUUCCCUUCUGCCUCCGUCAGCAACAUCUGUCCUUCAAACCUGAGCCAGAGCAAUGGCACUGGAGACAGUGACUCAGCUGCCCCUACCACCACAAGUGGAACUGUCCUGGAGAGUUCUGAAACUGAGUCCCUAACCAAGCUGGACCGGCUGGUUGUGAGUUCUUUAGAAGCCCUGGAAAGCUGCUUUGCUGUUGGCCCAAUCAUCGAGAAGGAGAGAAACAAGAAUGCAGCUCAGGAGCUGGCCACUCUGCUGCUGUCCCUGCCAGCGCCUGCCAGUGUCCAGCAGCAGUCCAAGAGCCUUCUGGCCAGCCUGCACACCAGCCGCUCAGCCUAUCACAGCCACAAGGAUCAGGCCUUGCUGAGCAAAGCUGUGCAGUGUCUCAACACAUCCAGCAAAGAAGGCAAGGAUUUGGACCCUGAGGUCUUCCAGAGGCUGGUGAUCACAGCUCGCUCCAUUGCCAUCAUGCGCCCUAACAACCUUGUCCACUUUACGGAGUCAAAGCUGCCCCAGAUGGAAACAGACUGUUUUUUUCCUAGAUGUGCCUGCUGGAGUCUAGGGAUAGUUGGCAUAUUGACUGGGGCCCCACUUGAAACUCCCUCCCCAGAAGGAGCGGAUGAGGGGAGAGAACCUCAGAAGCAGUUGGAGGGAGACUGCUGUAGUUUCAUCACCCAGCUGGUGAACCACUUCUGGAAACUCCAUGCAUCCAAACCCAAGAAUGCCUUCUUGGCACCUGCCUGCCUGCCAGGCCUAACUCAUAUUGAAGCUACCGUUAAUGCUCUGGUAGACAUUAUCCAUGGCUACUGUACCUGUGAGCUGGACUGUAUUAAUACAGCAUCCAAGAUAUACAUGCAGAUGCUAUUGUGUCCUGAUCCUGCUGUGAGCUUCUCUUGUAAACAAGCUCUAAUUCGAGUCCUAAGGCCGAGGAACAAGCGGAGACAUGUGACAUUGCCCUCCUCCCCUCGAAGCAACACUCCAAUGGGAGACAAGGAUGAUGAUGAUGAUGAUGACGCAGAUGAGAAAAUGCAGUCGUCAGGGAUCCCGAAUGGUGGUCAUAUCCGUCAGGAAAGCCAGGAACAGAGUGAGGUGGACCAUGGAGACUUUGAGAUGGUGUCUGAGUCGAUGGUCCUGGAGACAGCUGAAAAUGUCAACAAUGGCAACCCCUCUCCCCUGGAGGCCCUGCUGGCAGGCGCAGAGGGCUUCCCCCCCAUGCUGGACAUCCCGCCUGAUGCAGAUGACGAGACCAUGGUUGAACUAGCCAUUGCCCUGAGCCUGCAGCAGGACCAGCAAGGCAGCAGCAGCAGUGCCCUGGGCCUGCAGAGCCUGGGGCUGUCCGGCCAGGCACCCAGCUCUUCCUCUCUGGACGCAGGAACCCUCUCUGACACCACAGCAUCAGCUCCAGCCUCAGACGACGAGGGCAGCACAGCAGCAACUGAUGGUUCCACCCUUCGGACCUCCCCUGCUGACCACGGUGGUAGUGUGGGCUCCGAGAGCGGGGGAAGUGCAGUGGACUCGGUGGCUGGCGAGCACAGUGUAUCUGGCCGGAGCAGUGCUUAUGGUGAUGCCACAGCAGAGGGGCAUCCGGCUGGACCAGGAAGUGUCAGUUCAAGCACUGGUGCCAUCAGCACCACCACCGGACAUCAGGAAGGAGAUGGCUCCGAGGGAGAAGGAGAAGGGGAAGGAGAAGGAGAUGUCCACGCUAGCAACAGGCUGCACAUGGUCCGUCUGAUGCUGUUGGAGAGACUACUGCAAACUUUGCCCCAGUUACGAAGUGUUGGAGGUGUCCGGGCCAUUCCAUACAUGCAGGUCAUUCUGAUGCUUACUACAGAUCUGGAUGGAGAAGAUGAGAAAGACAAGGGGGCCCUGGACAACCUGCUCUCCCAGCUUAUUGCUGAACUGGGCAUGGAUAAGAAGGAUGUCUCCAAGAAGAACGAACGCAGUGCCCUGAAUGAGGUCCACCUGGUGGUGAUGAGACUCCUGAGUGUCUUCAUGUCCAGGACCAAAUCCGGAUCCAAGUCUUCCAUAUGCGAGUCAUCUUCCCUCAUCUCCAGUGCCACAGCAGCAGCCCUGCUGAGCUCUGGCGCUGUGGACUACUGCCUGCACGUGCUCAAGUCCCUGCUGGAGUACUGGAAGAGCCAGCAGAACGAUGAGGAACCCGUGGCUACCAGCCAGCUGCUGAAACCACAUACUACGUCAUCCCCACCCGACAUGAGCCCAUUCUUCCUCCGCCAGUAUGUGAAGGUGAGGUCCUUCCCCGGGCCGUGAACCACUCCUGUCCCUCAUCUAGGGCACUGUCCUCUUCAGUCUCAGUGAGUAGCGCUGAAGGAGCCGAGGAUGUCACAUACUCCCCCUGCUGUUACAGGAUGCCCUAGUUUGGAAGAUGGGCUUUCUGGUCAGGUGAGUCCGGGAACAUGGCCCUCGGGAACAGGUGUUCCCACUUAGCCAGCCAUGAAGCUUGGAGAAGUUCUAUCUAACCUUAGUAAGCCUCAGUUUGCACACCUGGAAAACGAGCAUACACAUAGUAUCUGCUUUAUAGAGUUGUUGUGAGCGUUGGAUGAGGUGAUGUUCGUAAAGCGCAGUGCCUAGCACAUACCAGUGCUCAAUAAAUGUUCAUUAUUAUUACCAUUUCUGUUCCAUUUGAGUCCAUGUAGUGGAGCAAGAUGGCCUGGGGUAGCUGUGCUUCUUAUUGCAUACUCAGGACUGCUUCGAAUAGUAUGGGAGUAUAACAGGGCAAAAAUUGUGAAUCUGAUCAUGUCCUUCUCUUUGUAUAACCUUCUAGUGGUUUUCCAUAACUUCUCAGCCAAAAAGUUCUUUGCUGAUCUAGCUAUCUACUUAACGCUCUACUUUAUCAACUAUAACACCCCUACAUGCAGCCCUGCUAAUCUGUGCCUCUCUCCCAAUGUACACGCUGUCCCUUCAG